AUGGCUGCAGCAACCGAGACCCACGAAACGUCCGUGCCUGUUGACGAGGGCUUGAAUGAUUCCUUCGGCCGUGUCAACUUGAGCGAACAGGGCGACCUGGAAGGCCCACCCAAGACAGAUGAAGAGUAUGCGCAGGCUAUCCUUACCCUCCGGGCCAUCGUCUCAUCCAAGGAAGCUGGUGUGAUCAUUGGCAAGGCCGGUAAAAAUGUUGCGGAUCUGCGCGAUGAGACUGGUGUCAAGGCUGGGGUCAGCAAAGUCGUUCAGGGUGUCCAUGACCGUGUCCUCACCGUAACUGGCGGUUUGCAGGGGUGUGCUCGAGCCUACUCCAUUGUCGCAAAGGGACUGCUUGAAGGUGCUCCGCAGGUCGGAAUGGGCGGCGUUGUCCAGAAUAACGGAACUCAUCCUAUCCGCCUUUUGAUUUCACACAAUCAGAUGGGCACGAUCAUCGGGCGUCAAGGUCUGAAAAUCAAGCACAUUCAGGAUGCCUCGGGUGUCCGCAUGGUUGCGCAGAAGGAGAUGCUGCCGCAGUCUACUGAGCGAAUUGUGGAGGUCCAAGGCACGCCUGAGGGUAUUGAGAAAGCAAUUUGGGAAAUUGGAAAGUGCCUCAUUGAUGAUUGGCAACGAGGAACGGGAACUGUGCUAUACAACCCUGCUGUCCGCGUCUCUCUUCCAGGAUCUGGAUCGCUCAAUCACGGUGCAGGCGGCACCAACAACUACGGUAGCGGGGGACGCUCUUACAACCGAACUGGCAAUGGUGCGGACUUUAGCGAACCUAGCGGUGGCUACCACCGCCGCGGUAGCGGUGACGGCGCCGGUCGAGGCCUUCCAUUAGUCACUGACGACGGCGAAGAGCUUCAGACACAGAACAUCAGCAUCCCUGCAGAUAUGGUUGGCUGUAUCAUCGGCCGGGGUGGCAGCAAGAUCAGUGAGAUUCGUCGGAGCUCUGGAGCCAGGAUCUCGAUCGCUAAAGCACCUCAUGACGAAACUGGCGAACGCAUGUUUACGAUUAUGGGCAGCGCACAGGCAAACGAAAAGGCCUUGUAUCUUUUGUACGAGAACCUGGAAGCCGAAAAGAUGCGCCGUAGCCAGCAAUCUCCGGAGUAA